AGCUCCUCAAUGCUCCCCCUCACAGGCUGAAAGAUAGCAGAGUUGGUCAGUUCAGUGGUUGUAGCAUCUCCCAGCUCGAGAAUCUCUGGGCCUCACCUUAUGUCCGAGGAAUAUCCGCAAUAGCAUAUUUCCGGAAUUGCACGCGAAGCGUUAUCAGCUUUUAUCACCAUCGCGUUAGUCUUCUUGAUGUGCGGUGUGUCAUCUGCAGAGCGGUCGUGUAUGAAGGUUCGCUCAUGGUUCAAAAGUCGUCAGCCGCCAUGCUUGCAGCACGAGGUGCGGAACCUCAGUCUUGUAAGCAGUCGUUAGUUCGGGUAGGAGUAAAAGGCAUGUUGCGAGGCACGUUAUCCGACCGUAGGAUGAAAGGCAGAAGGCCAGCUGGAGGAGUGAAGCAAAACGAGAAGCAGGAUGGCAAGAAGAAGUCGAAGGCUGCACUCUCGCAUGCGAUGGCCCACAAGCCAGUAGAAACCAAGAAGUUGGCGUCAGCGCUGGCAGCGCAUCUGCAGAGCCUGUACAAGGGAGAGGGAGUGCUGGUGGUAGAGGACGACAAGCGCAUCAUCUUCUACUGCACCCUUUGCGAGGUGUGGGCCUACCACGAUGCGAGCCUGGUCGACCAUUUACACGGAAAGAAACACAAGCGAAAACAGGGAGAAGCCACGCCGCUCACUUCACCGCCAUCCAGCGUCACCGGAAGUCCGCCGUGGGAGAAAACCUCCAAGUUGACGCCACCGUGGAAGCUCGUUGGGGAAG